GCGAUACGCCGCGAGGACGCAGAGGCGGCGGCACGCGCCAAGAUCGCCGUGGAGGAGGCGCAGCGGGAGGAGCGGCGGCAGUUGGCGGCGGAGGGGCGCGGGUACGUGCCGCGAUUCUUUCGGUUUCUUGGCACGGGCGCGGUCGGUCAAGGGAACGAGGAGGCGCUGGUGCGGCAUGAGAACUGGCGCUUUACCGCACGGGAGUUGCUGCUUGGCUAGCGCACGCACGUGUGAAGAGGAACAACAACAACAAAAAAGAGAGAUGAAGGUGGGGAGGGUGUCGGGUUAUGUCGAUGGAGGCAGUUCCAUUGCUUGCCACUUCCGCAAAGAAAUACAAAUGCACAAUACACGCCAGUGA